UUCCACUCUAAGUGCUAAUGAUCAAUUUAUACAUCAACCAGUACAAAUUAUUAUGAGUAAUAGACACACAAAUAUGAGUUUUUGAACUGCAAAUGGUCUAAUCAAAUUGUAGAAUAUAGCUUUUGUUAAUCAUUAUCAUAUUGAUUGCAAAUGAGUAAUUAGCAUACUGAUUCAUUCUGCCAAUCGAUUUUUUGAAGCGGAAGGCACAAAAAUCACAACAAUUACAAGCUUUUUGAAUGAAAUCUGGUGAAUAAUAAACAAAGCUAUUCUUUUGACUAAACUUUCGCCAGAAUUCUUUCUAGCCAAGGAAAUAAGGAAUAUGAAGGGUUGAACAGUAUAUGAGCACAGCAAUUUUUAAUCUAAAAUAAAUUAAAUUAAUCAUACCAAUGAUUUUCUUUAUAAAAAGAAAGUAAUAGAAGCGUAUAUUCAGUUAUACUCCAGAAAGGUGUAAAAUAGGGAUUGGGGAGUUGCCAGUAAGGAAGGAUUGCCGCUCGUUCAGCUUAGGACUCUGAUCGAAUUGCUAAACUUUGGAGGGCUCUAUCGUGUUUAGUCUCCUUUGAUCGACUAUACUGCUAAGCUUCCUUACGCGUUCAAAUUUGCUUCGUAGUUCCGCAUUCCAUUAUCUGCUAUAAGGAAUUAGUGAAGGGAGUCAACAUGUCUAUGAAUCAAAUGAAGACAAUAGAUUUGGAUGAAGGACUGGAAUUCAUGCAAAAGGGGAUUUCAAAGCUAAAGAGGAUUUUGGAAGGGCAACCCGAGUCUUUUGUCUCUGAAGAAUAUAUUUUGCUUUACACUACUAUCUAUAACAUGUGCACGCAGAAGCCCCCUCAUGAUUAUUCUCAGCAACUAUAUGAGAAGUACAAGGAAGCUUUUGAUGAGUACAUCAAUUCAGUAGUUUUGCCUUCAUUGAGAGAGAAGCAUGACGAAUUCAUGCUAAAGGAGCUUGUUAAAAGAUGGGCGAACCACAAACUUAUGGUUAGGUGGCUCUCUAGAUUUUUCUACUACCUUGACCGGUACUUUAUUGCUAGGAGGUCACUUCCUCCUCUCCGUGACGUUGGGCUUAUUUGCUUUCGUGAUCUGGUUUAUCAGGAAGUGAGAAAUAAAGCCAGAGAUGCUGUUAUUGCUCUGGCAAGUCUUAUGCCCCGAUUAUUGUUUUCACUAUUUUUACACAUACUGCGUGUGUUUGUAAUAAAAAACAAAUACUUUCAUACCAGAUUGAUCAAGAACGUGAGAGUGAGCAGAUUGAUAGGGCAUUACUCAAGAAUGUGCUGGACAUCUUUGUUGAAAUUGGAAUGGGACAGAUGGAAUACUAUGAGACUGACUUUGAAGAGGCCAUGCUCAAAGACACUGCUGCUUAUUAUUCUCGGAAGGCAUCAAACUGGAUUGUUGAAGAUUCUUGUCCAGAUUACAUGCUGAAGGCUGAAGAGUGUUUGAAGAAGGAGAAAGAACGGGUUUCUCAUUAUCUACAUUCCAGCAGUGAAACCAAGCUCUUGGAGAAAGUGCAAAAUGAGUUGCUAGUAGUAUACACCAAUCAACUGCUUGAAAAGGAGCAUUCUGGUUGCAGAGCACUGCUUAGGGAUGAUAAGUUGGAAGAUCUAUCUAGGAUGUAUAGGCUUUUUUUAAAGAUUACCAAGGGAUUGGAUCUGGUUGCCAAUAUGUUUAAACAGCAUGUUACUGCUGAAGGCAUGGUAUUGGUGCAGCAGGCUGAAGAUGCUGCUAAUAGUAAAGCUGAAAGCACUGCUGGGAGUUCACAGGAACAGAUCUUUGUUCGCAAAGUGAUUGAGCUUCAUGACAAGUAUAUGGCAUAUGUGACAGACUGUUUUUCAAACAAUUCUCUUUUUCAUAAGGCAUUGAAAGAAGCAUUCGAGGUAUUCUGCAACAAAAUUGUUGGUGGGUGCUCUAGUGCUGAACUCUUAGCUUCUUACUGUGAUAAUAUCCUUAAAAAGGGUGGAAGUGAAAAACUCAGUGAUGAAGAUAUUGAGGAAACAUUGGAUAAGGUUGUCAAGCUUUUGGCAUAUAUCAGUGAUAAGGAUCUUUUUGCUGAGUUUUAUAGGAAAAAGCUAUCCCGUCGAUUGCUUUUUGACAAAAGUGCAAAUGAUGACCAUGAAAGACUUAUCUUAACGAAGUUGAAGCAGCAGUGUGGUGGACAGUUCACCUCAAAGAUGGAGGGAAUGGUUACAGAUUUGACAUUAGCAAAGGAAAAUCAGAAUCAUUUCCAAGAUUAUCUCAACAAUAACCCAGCUGCUAGUCCUGGAAUCGAUUUGACUGUUACAGUUCUCACAACUGGAUUCUGGCCUAGCUAUAAAUCGUCAGAUUUGAGUCUCCCAGCAGAAAUGGUGAAGUGUGUGGAAGUUUUCAAGGAAUUUUAUCAGACAAAAACGAAACAUAGGAAGCUUACCUGGAUUUAUUCUUUGGGAACAUGCAAUGUAAAUGGGAAGUUUGAGGCCAAAACUAUUGAAUUGAUAUUGGGAACUUACCAGGCUGCUGCAUUGUUGCUAUUCAAUGCCUCAGAUAGACUGAGUUACCAAGAUAUUAAAAGCCAACUCAAUUUGGCUGAUGAGGACUUGGUCAGGUUGCUACAGUCUCUUUCCUGCGCCAAGUACAAAGUUCUGAUUAAGCAACCUACCAACCGCACUGUUUCUCCCAAUGAUCAUUUUGAGUUCAACUCCAAGUUCACUGAUAGAAUGAGGAGAAUCAGGAUUCCGUUGCCUCCGGUGGAUGAAAGGAAAAAGGUGGUGGAAGAUGUUGACAAGGAUAGGCGUUAUGCUAUUGAUGCUUGCAUAGUGCGAAUCAUGAAGAGCAGAAAAGUUUUGGCCCAUCAGCAGUUGGUUAUGGAGUGCGUUGAGCAGUUGAGCCGUAUGUUCAAGCCUGAUUUCAAGGCGAUCAAGAAGAGAAUAGAAGAUCUAAUUACUCGAGAUUACUUGGAGAGGGACAAAGAGAACCCAAACAUGUUCAAGUACCUGGCCUAAAACGGGUUGCUGCCCGCCCGCCUGCCUGCCCUCGAAUGAUUUAUUACGUACUGGAAGGAAAUCAAUAUCUGCUUUUGCAGUAUAGUUUCUUUGCUUAGACUAGUUUGUUAGUGCACGCAAUCUGGGUUGGUUUUUUGGAUUUGAGCCUUCUCCUACUCAUCUAAGUCAGAGAGCAAAGUUGUGCUGCUGUUAAUAGAUUUUGGAUGAAUGGAUGGAUAUAGUAUACAUGCUUGAUAUAGUAGAUGAUGCUCCUCUUUUUGUUUAUAGCGUUCGCUUCUUUAAGUAAGAGUUGCAAAGCCUUGACCUUGACCGUCUUGAUUCCACGUUGUAUGUAUUUUAUUUUCUCCGGUCUUGCAUGGUCACUUCGUAGUUCGUACUAUGCAUAACAUUAAAGUUAAAGUUAGGCAUGGACCCGGGCCGGUUCGGGCGCAGUUCGGGCCUGGGCCUCGGUUCAGGAAAGGGGAGGCCUGGAACCAGCUCGGGUAACCCCCGGGUCCGGCCCAGGCCGGGCCUCGGUUCAAUUUUUUUUUUUGCCUUUUCCUAAUUAACCCCUAACCACCCCCCACCCCCAAAUCAUCCCAAACCAUCUCAAAUGACCCAAAAUACCCAGCUCAACCCAAACACUAAAAAAAAAAGGAAAAAAAAAGAAAAUAAAAUAAAAAUGGCCCUGACCGAGCCCGAACGGGCCAGGCCGGUUUACGUUUUGAGGGGCCCGAG